CUUAGCCCAAGGUCUCUCCCCGAGCUCAACCACACACCCAGCACCUAUUAUCCGUCAUGCGUUUCACUUCGACUGGUUCGACGAUCCUCAUCGCCUCCAUCGCUAUCUCCUCUGCUGCUGCUAUGCCGCUAUCGCCCGUUUUGUCGACGCAGGACGUCGUCGCAUCACCUGCGCUACCAACCGUGCCUCCAACUCCAUCCCUUGCGUCCUCGGUUAACCUCUCCGCCAAACACUCUGAAAAGAGCAGGAAGAAGCGGUAUUCUGGACUUGCUCUGCGUAGCCCGUCGUCCAAUUCGGUGGGCGGUGUUCAGAUGGGUCUCCCUGCUUUCAUAGAAGGCAAAGAGCUUGAGCCAGAGGGUGUGAUACCAAUCAACAGCUGGGAUCGAUACACCAGCGAACAUCCUAGAACGUCUACCGUAUCACAGUCAACCGUCGCCUCCAGUGCGACCUCAUCCACCACGGAUUUCCUGCUUCCCACAUCCAACUCCGUCCCGGCGGUGACCACCACAUUACCCACUUCCGCAGUCGAAAGUCCAAACACAUCCAUCCCACAAGCCACGCCGUCGGCAUCAGCGUCCGAUUCGACGGACGACAGGGAAGGUGACGAUGACGAACCUGCUCCGAAAAGCGAUGACGACAAAGACGACAAAGACGACGACGACAAGCAACCGGAUCUUGGAGGGCUCAUUGACGACCUAGACGUUCUCCUCCCUCUUAUUCAUCCGAAGGGUUCCCCCCUCGAACCGUCUUCAAUAACCGCUAUCCCAUCCGCGCAAAUCACGACGCCGGUCGCGGUGACACCCGAGGGGUCCGGUACGCCGUCCGCCAGCUCAGCACUCCGACCCGAAGCCGCCUUGGACAACACACUUCGAGCAAUGCUAGCCGACAUACCCGACCUUGCCCUCCCGAGCGACCUACCCACUUCCCACCCAAUCAAGUCGGUGGUGGCAAUCACCUCCGAGCUUUACGGCGUACCAACCGAUACUUCUGAGGCUAACCCAGAGUACACGGCGAAUGAACUUUUGGCGGACAUGCCCCAUCUCACUUACACUGUUCUACCCACGCAGUCACCGUCUGUGAUUGACAAUUAA